UAGAGAUUGGCCCUGCAGGGGAAGUGGCCUGAGGAGAGAUGAGCGAAGGGCUGGCUGGGGAAGAAUUAAAAGUAGCAAAUCCACGCAAGGGAGCGGAAGGGCAUCUCUGGGGAGAAGUUGAAGGAUGAAAAAAUAGACUGAAGAGAAAGGCAUAAGAUGGCACGAAGCACAGAAAAUAUUUUCCCUUAAUCAUUCUAAUGAGUUGAAUCUCAAUAAAUGCAUUUCAAGAAAUGGCAAAAAGUCUUUUGAUGACAUCAUCUCUGUCUUCAAGGACAAAACUAUUGCAGCUAACAGGAGUGUCACUUUAUAAUACUUCUCAUGGUUUCCAUGAGGAAGAGGUGAAAAAGAAACUUCAGCAGUUUCCUGGUGGAUCUGUUGACCUUCAGAAAGGAGACAAUGGCAUUGGUAUACUGACUCUGAACAACCCCAGUAAAAUGAAUGCCUUCUCAGGUGUUAUGAUGUUACAACUUCUGGAAAAAGUGAUUGAAUUGGAAAAUUGGACAGAAGGCAAAGGCCUCAUUGUUCGUGGGGCAAAAAAUACUUUCUCGUCAGGAUCUGACUUGAAUGCUGUGAAAGCCCUAGGAACUUCUGAGGAUGGAGUGGCCUUGUCUAUGUUCAUGCAAAACACCUUAACAAGAUUUACUAGACUACCUUUAAUAAGUGUUGCACUAGUCCAAGGUCGGGCACUGGGUGGAGGAGCAGAAUUUACUACAGCUUGUGAUUUCAGGUUAAUGACUGCAGAGAGUGAGAUCAGAUUUGUCCACAAGGAGAUGGGUAUAAUUCCAAGUUGGGGUGGUGCCUCCCGGCUGGUCGAAAUCAUUGGUAGUAGACAAGCUCUCAAAGUGUUAAGUGGAGCUCUCAAACUGGAUUCCAAAAAAGCUUUAAAUAUAGGAAUGGUUGAAGAGAUCUUGCAAUCUUCAGAUGAAACUAAAUCUCUAGAAGAGGCACAAGAGUGGCUAAUGCAGUUUAUCAAUGGGCCACCAGAAGUCAUUAGAGCUAUGAAAAAGUCUGUUUGUUCAGGCAAAGAACUAUAUUUAGAAGAGGCAUUACAGAAUGAGAGGGAUCUCUUAGGAACAGUGUGGGGUGGACCUGCAAAUUUAGAGGCUAUUGCUAGGAAAGGAAAAUUUAAUAAAUAGCUCUUAAAAACAUGGAUGUACUACAAGUAAAGCUCCAAUGGUUAAUAUGCAUGAAGGUUAAAAUUACUUAAUAUGAACAGCAGAAUUAUUUUCAAGUCUAGUGCUCUCAGUUGUUCAUAAUUUUUUGAUUAUCUGAAUUUAUUGGUCUUAGAUUCUUACCAGUUUUUGACUAAGACAUACAACACUUUUUGCUUAAAAUUAUUUCUGUCAAUUUCUAUAUUCCUAUAAUAGCUCUUAGAUCACUGUGAAAAGAUGUUUUUCCUAUACUUAUUUGGGGGUUGUUUUUCAUAAAACGUUUGUUUCUUACCUGGAAAUUAUUUACAAAAGUAAUAAUUAAACUUUUGGUCAAAGAAUAAAAAUGGAGAGUGAAUAGAACAGGAAAAUAAGAAAUGUUAUGAUUAAUAAUUUUCUUCUGCUUGAAGCAGCUUGAGUAAACUUGGUCCUUCACUCCCUUUUACAAAAUUAGUCUUGUUAUUUGAUCUUUCCUGUUUUCUAUUAAAUAAUCUGCUAAAGAAUGGUAGCCAUGUCAUGGAACACAGUCUCCUGUACAAACUGGUCAUUCAUGUUAACUAGAAUUUCCAAUAUGAUAAUAUAUAGUACUUUUGAUAUAG